UGAAUACAACUAUGGCAAAGUCUAAAAGAAAUUUUAAAAAUGGAACCCAAGAAAAACGAGAACAUUUUCCUCGAAAAGCAAGAGAGAAGUCUUUAAUUAACCUUGAGCAAAUAGCAGUGGUUAUGGAUGUUCUUGAAGAAAUGUCUGAAGUUGAAAAUGAGAAAACCAACACGGGAAAUAAGAAGCAAAGAAGAAUUACCAAUAGCUGCAGACAAGUUGAAAGUAGCUCGGAAAGAAAAGAUACCGGUACCGGUAGUGUUAAACACAAAAAGAGCAAGAAGCCGCCUCUGUUGCCAAAAACUAAUGGCUUGUCCCAUUUUAUGGAGCUGGGAGCGAGAACUGACCUUAUCGACUCUCACUCGUCCGAUCCUCUCGGACCAGACAGUUUUGACAACUUUCAAUGGGUUGAAGUGAAACAAGAAUUGCCAGAUGAUAUCGAGGUUUGCAAAAUCACCUAUACAGAACUUCCAUUAAAAAUACAUCACCUCCAAUCUCAUCUUCCGAAUGAUGAGGUCAAUGUGACUAAUGAUGUUGCAUCAGUUAGUAAAGAGAAGAAUAAAGAUGUUCCUAUUGAAGAAUACACAUGUGAUGUGCCUUCUAAAAAUAAGAAUAAUGUAUCGUCAGAAGUCCAAGAAGAGCAAUGUUCAGAACCAGAUAUCAAUUGUGAUGAAGUGUCCGAAGAGCAUGACGUUUUGGGAAUUUCACUGAACGAUGAUAAUACUAAUGGUAGUUCUUCGGAAGACGAAAGCUUGACUGAAAAAUGUGAACCUGAAAAUAUAGAGGAGAUCCAACCACGAAAGAAAAGGAAAAAGUACCUACAACAGUGUGAUAUUUGUAGUAAAAAACUGCAUUCAAAAGGUAACCUUCGCCUUCACAAACUUAAGGUACACAAAGUGAAAGUCCAGUUCUCUUGUGAGUUGUGUCCUAUCAAGUUCGACUUUCACCGAGAGGCCGUGCAACAUCGCAACUCUGUACAUAGAGGCGAGGACGGACGCUUUGGCUGUGAUGUGUGCAGUAAACGUAUCACAGACUAUCACCUGUAUCUGACCCACGUCAGGUCACACACGGAUUGCGGCAACACUGUGACAGAUGGUAAUGGUUUACACACAGAUGACUUGAGGGGAAGACUGAAGAGUCAAGAUAAGAACUUCAUCUGUGACACAUGUGGUCGUAGGUUCGCCUUCAGCUGUUUGUUGCGUGAUCACAUCAACACUCACACCGGCGUCAAACCUUACCUCUGUCAGGAGUGUGGUAAGGCGUUUUGUCAAAAGUCCACGUUGAAGCAGCACACAAAGACACACAACGAGGUUCGGCCCUUUCAGUGUGCGGAGUGUCCGCAGGGCUUCUACUCCAAGGGGGACUUUGUCAAACACCAACGUACACAUACUGGCGAGCGGCCGUACGUGUGCGAGGUUUGUGGAGAAGGAUUCUCGCGCAGCUCUCAUCUGGUGAUCCAUCGACGAACGCACACUGGAGAAAGACCUCACGUGUGUGAUGUUUGUGGACGAGGGUUCGCCAAGCGAGGAGAUGUCGUCCGUCACCAUCGAGUACACACGGGAGAACUCCCAUACCUCUGUCAGGUCUGUGGUAAAGCGUUCCGACAGUCGACCCAGUGCGCCAACCACAUCAAGAGCCAACACCCAGACUCGCCUGCGCCCGUGGCUCGUAACCCUAACCCGCUGGUGCAUGUACACCUGUCGUAACUAACUGUUUAUCGAAAAACUGAUAUUUUUGGGCAAGUUUCAAAUCAAGACCUUUCAAUCAAGUAUGCAGUUGUUAGGUGUACGGCUUGCAGUUUUCUCAAAAGUUCAAAACUUUCCUGGCUUUGUGUGAUUUGCUAUUGCAACAACAAAGUAAUUUAUUUAUAAUCAUCAAUUCCAAAGAGUCCAUUGUUUGGUGUUUUCUAAAUUGAAAUUGUAUAGUCUUUCAUUAUCAUAGUACUAAAUUUUUUAGAAAUUACUUUGAUUAAAAUUUGGUUUCUAUUAUUAAGUUAUUUGUAAAUCCGUCCGUUGUA